GAGUACAUUGGCUUGCUUCAAUCCAAAGUAGAAAACAAAAAAAACACAAAGAAUGAAAAUCCAUAUUCUCAAAUUACUCAAAUUAAAGAAUAAAGACCAAAUCUUCAAGGUAGGAGUGCCAAUUACACAAAGAUUGGUUUUUAGCCAUGGUUUUACUCUCCCCAAUGACUUAAGCUUGACCAUUUAGCUUGUGGAAGAGGGAACAACAUCAUCACCCCAUUCCAGUGUAUUUCCCAAGAAAUUCACAAGACCAACUCAAAGAAAUCCAUGACUAAGACCAAGCCCAAGCCCAAGCAAUAGUAGUAUAGGUAGGCACAUAAACCAUCCUCAUAGUUAAGCACAUGACAUAUAUACAUUUGUGAGAUAACAUAAACAUAUCAUGACAUCCAAGAAUUCCAUCAUCCAAAGGCUAAUCCACAGCCCUUGGUAUCCAAUAAAUCAGCCUAGGUAGAAGGUUCCAUGGUCACCACCAGUAGAUCCCAAGCAGUAACAAAAUCCAGUAGCAAAAUCCAGUAGUAGGUGCAAUUUCAACCUGUACGCAGCACCUGUAUGCCAACUGUGAACAUCAGCACGUCCUCGAGGCAGUAGCUCAGUGGUAGCAGCAGGAGCACAGCAGCGCCAUCAUGCAACAGAUCCUCUGGUUAUUGCACAGCAACUCCAAGUUCUGCGCAGCAGCAGCUUCAAAACAAUUCCAAAGCAGCAAUUAAACCCAAAGCAGAAAGAGACCACCAUCUCCUUUAAGUUGGAAGACCAAAACCAGGGACCAAUGUAUGAAAGGAACGGGUAGUGGUAGACCAAACCACAGCAAACAGAAGUCACCUAGUGCAAGGAAUAAGUUGGUCUGCCAGCAACAUAUGUGUGCCAUCCCAUCCCUCAAGAAGACUGAGUUCAGUAAACAAACAGCACAAUGGAGUAUGCUAUUCGAAAAUGGCAGCACUGGAGAUCAUGAUUUGCCAACAGCAGCUUUGGGUGGCUCUCCAACGAAGUAGUCUAGCCAAACCCAGUGAUGCCACAGAAAACCAUUCCACGUAGCUGAUUGUGUCCUAUUUCUCUUAACAAUACCAUUACAGCUUCAUGAACAAACACUACAAGAAAUAUGUCCUUUAAUGAGAGUAAAAGCUGUAGUUAAAGAAAGAAAAACCUUCAUUAAAAAGUUUUAAUGAGAGGAAAUUUACUCCUAGAUUCAUAAGUUAUCAAAGAAGCCUACUUAGUUGUUUGUAUAAAUUUAAUUAUGGGGGCGAGGGAUUAGAGUUUAAGUCAAAAUAUCCCUGUGUCAGUAGUAUAUAUACUUACUGGAACAUCAUUACCAAUCAAAGACAAAGAAGCAGCAUCAACCUAUUCAGUUACACCGUCAUCCAAAGUUAUCACAAAUUUGCUAGUGGUCAAAACAGCCUUCUCGGUUUCAGGAGACACCAAACAAUCCUUAGUAUUAUCAGGAGGGACAUCCACAGAAGUUAUAUCCUUGGUUGGAGUAUAGGUUCAGAAGCUUCCUUGGACCGUACUGCAAAAGUUGCCUUGCUGGAAGGUGAGCCAUUUUAUUGAACGUGUGCCCCCUCCUAUAUAUGAAGGAUUGAACAAAAUACUCAUUAGAUGUAUCAUUUGACUAAUUCUAAUGAGAAGAAUUUAAAAAACUUCCCCUCGCUGCUUCUUAGCCACAAAUCAUCAUCAAAACUAAAACGAAAGGUUUCUCCCAAAAAGAGAAGAUAAACCACCAAAAUAAAUUGAAAAAGACAUGAGGCUACAACGUAGGCCCAAAGUAAAACCCCAAAUUAAAGUCCCUUCACGCAAAUUACAACUUACAAGUGAGCACUGAAGCUUUAGUUCCCAAAUUGAAUUCAGUAAUGAAACACUUUUCGAACACAAACAAAAAGGCAGUACAGUAGCAUAUGUGACAAACUUCGUCACACUCUGCAAAAGAAUAUGCAGAAUCUUGAUUCUGAUUUAUGAAGCUCAUGUUCUUUUUUCACUUUGGUUUGCAUACAAAUUCUCGAAUUCAAAUAGCCACAAAUAAGCACAAAAAAUAUAUAUAGUUAGAAUUGUCUACUUUUGAAUCAACAAAUAAAGGUAAUGCCUAUAGUAUAAAGAAGAAAAAAACUUAAACAUA